UUUUUUUUUUUUUUUUUUUUCUCUCUCUUGAAUCUUAAUCAUUGCCCUCUAUUCCCUACGCUUUUUCUUUUCAAUUUUCAUUGCCUCUUCCAAAUCACUCUUUUUUUUCUUCUUCUUCUUCUAUCUCCCAAACCCAAAGUUGGUUGGUUUACAUUACAGGGUGUCCAACCAAAGCUACCCUCAAAUCUUAAUGCUUUCUACUAAGGACAACACAUCAAGGAGGGAGAAUUAUUUGGGAUGAAAGAUGCUAGAGUUGAUCUGGGUUUUUGCUGGAAGGAAGAAAAGAAGGUUCUGAAUUCUGAUAUUCAGUGAUUAGAGUCAAAAGUGAGAGAGAUUCAUUAGGUUGGUAAGUGAAUCCAAUUCCGAUGGAGACUCAGACACCAAAUGUGCAGCCACAAGCUGCGUCAACAAGCACGCCAAGGAAAAAGAUGACCAAACAGUUGACAGGUAAAAAGGAUGAUACACCUUUGCACUCUGCAGCAAGAGCAGGGAAUCUGAGUGUUCUGAAGGACACAGUUAGUGGUGCUGAAGAGGGUGAAUUGCGUGCGUUGUUGACAAAGCAGAACCAUGCUGGGGAAACAGUUCUUUAUGUUGCUGCUGAAUAUGGCUAUGUCGAUAUGGUUAGGGAGAUGAUUCAGUAUUAUGAUCUUGCUGAUGCUGGAAUUAAAGCAAGGAAUGGUUUUGAUGCACUCCACAUUGCUGCCAAACAAGGGGAUUUUGAUAUUGUGAAUAUCCUAAUGGGGGCUCAUCCUGAAUUGUCAAUGACUGUGGAUCCAUCCAACACCACAGCUCUGCACACUGCUGCAACACAAGGGCAUACUGAGAUAGUGAAGCUUCUAAUGGAAGCAGGUAGUAGUCUUGUAACCAUUGCUAGAAGUAAUGGGAAAACAGCUUUGCAUUCUGCGUGGAGAAUAUAUAUAUAUCGAAAUUUCAUCAAUAAAUGA